CUUUCCCCCACCUGGUCCCAAACAAUCCUCACCUGGCCUCCAUUCACGCCGUUUAUCCUCCCUCCUGUCCCCCUGUUGGGAGGUGUCUUACCUGGCUGAGGGGGGAGAGGACAAAUCAAAUCGGGUGGUGGUGGAGGAAAAAGUUGCGAAACUUGUUUGGCAACCCCGGGCUGACUCUGUGUGAUCCCGCCUUAAAGGAAGAAGGAGCGCGGAAAAAAGGAGCCAUUGGCCAAGAAGCAUGAGAGGGUGCUGAGCUGGACACCAGCCUGCCUGGGACACUGCCUGGAAAGACCGGGAGGAAACGGCUUGCAGGAUGAUUUCGGAAAGAGAUUCAGAGACCACCUUCGAUGAGGAUUCCCAGCCCAAUGAUGAGGUGAUGCCAUAUAGUGACGAUGAAACGGAGGACGAAUUGGAAACUCAGCCCGCGGUCGAACCGGAGCAGAAUCGCAUCAACCGGGAGGUGGAAGUGACCCGAGAAACGCUUAGAAAGGACUGCAGCUGGCAAGUUAAAGCAAAUGAUCGCAUCUUCUAUGAACUGCCGCAAUUUAAGAAAACAAAGUUUCUGUGCCUUAAGAAAAGUAUAUAUUCAGGGAAUGCAAUUAAAACCUACAAGUAUAACCCCAUCACCUUCUUGCCACUGAACUUAUUUGAACAGUUUAAAAGAGCUGCCAAUUUCUAUUUCCUGAUUCUCCUAAUUUUGCAGUCAAUUCCUCAAAUAACUACCCUCGCUUGGUAUACCACCUUGAUCCCUUUGCUCCUGGUACUGGGCAUCACUGCAGUUAAAGAUCUAGUGGAUGAUAUUAUUCGACAUCGAAUGGACAACGAAAUUAACAACCGCACGUGUGAUGUGAUCAAAGACGGCAGGUUCAGAAGUACAAAAUGGAAAGAAAUUAAAGUUGGUGAUGUCAUCCGACUGGGGAAGAAUGCCUUUGUUCCUGCUGAUAUUCUUCUGCUGUCCAGUUCAGAGCCCAACAGCCUUUGUUACGUAGAGACGGCUGAACUAGAUGGUGAAACCAACUUAAAGUUCAAAAUGUCUCUGGAGGUAACCGAUCAGUAUCUUCAAGAAGAACGUGCUCUGGCUGAUUUUGAUGGCUUGGUAGAAUGUGAAGAACCCAACAACCGGCUAGAUAAAUUCACAGGAACUUUGAAAUGGAAAGGAAGGAGUUACGCCCUGGAUGCCGACAAAAUCUUGCUGCGGGGCUGCAAAAUCCGGAACACAGAUGCUUGCCACGGGCUGGUCAUAUUCGCAGGAGCAGACACAAAAAUAAUGAAAAACAGCGGGAAAACACGCUUUAAAAGAACCAAAAUAGACUCCCUUAUGAAUUAUAUGGUAUACACGAUCUUUGUUCUGCUGAUCUUGGUGUCUUCUGGUCUGGCCAUUGGACACACUUACUGGGAACAGCAAAUUGGCAAUAUUUCUUGGUAUCUCUAUGAUGGACUGGACUAUACUCCUUCCUACCGUGGCUUCCUCAACUUUUGGGGAUACAUUAUUGUCCUUAACACCAUGGUUCCAAUUUCCCUUUAUGUGAGUGUUGAAGUGAUCCGGCUUGGCCAAAGCUAUUUUAUCAACUGGGACUUGCAAAUGUAUUAUCCAGAGAAGGAUACUGCUGCUAAGGCCAGAACUACAACUUUGAAUGAACAGCUUGGACAAAUCCAUUACAUCUUCACAGAUAAGACGGGUACAUUGACGCAAAACAUCAUGGCGUUCAAGAAGUGUUGUAUAAAUGGACAAACCUUUGGGGAAUGCAGGGAUAAGACAGGAGAGCUACGUAAUCGUCCUGAGCAAGUGGACUUCAGCUGGAAUAUGUACGCUGAUGGGAAACUCACCUUUCAUGACCAGUAUCUAAUAGAACAAAUCAGAUCUGGGAACGAGCCUGAGAUUCAGCGGUUCUUCUUCUUGCUAGCACUUUGCCACACAGUGAUGGUGGAUGCCAGCGACGGUGACCUGAAUUAUCAAGCAGCCUCCCCUGAUGAAGAAGCGUUGGUCACUGCAGCCAGAAAUUUCGGCUUUGCAUUUCUUUCACGGACACAAAAUACUAUUACGAUAAGCGAGAUGGGGAUUGUUAGGACAUAUGACGUUCUCGCCAUUUUGGACUUCAACAGCGAUCGGAAACGGAUGUCGAUUAUCAUAAGAGACCCCAAUGGUAAAAUUCAGCUGUAUUGCAAAGGGGCUGAUACAGUGAUUUAUGAACGGCUGCACCCACGGAAUCCUAAAAGGCAGGCUACGCAGGAGGCACUUGAUAUCUUUGCAAGUGAAACCCUGAGGACACUGUGUCUCUCCUACAAGGACAUUAGCAAUGAGGAGUAUGAGGCAUGGAAUAAAAAAUUCAUGGCUGCCAGUGUCGCUGUGAGAAACCGUGACGAAGCUCUGGAUAAAGUGUAUGAAGAAAUUGAAAAAAACCUCAUUCUUUUAGGUGCCACAGCAAUUGAAGACAAGUUGCAGGACGGGGUUCCAGAAACAAUAUCCAAACUGGCAAAGGCAGAUAUUAAGAUCUGGGUGUUGACUGGUGAUAAAAAAGAGACUGCAGAAAACAUUGGCUAUUCCUGUGAACUCCUGACAGAUGAAACUAAGAUCUAUUAUGGAGAAGACGUAAGUGCCCUUCUACAAACAAGACUAGAAAACCAGAGGAACAGAACUGGAUCAACUCUAAAUUCAUCUCAGAGAACCAACGAACCCUUCUUGCAGAGGGGUAGAAAGCAUGCUCUGAUUAUCACGGGCUCUUGGCUGAAUGAAAUCCUCUUGGAGAAGAAAAAGAGGAAAAAGAAGCUCUUGAAACUGAAAUUUCCAAGAACCCCUGAAGAGAAACAGAAACACCUCCAGAGUAAAAGGAAAUUAGAAGCAAACAAGGAGCAACAGCAGCAGAAUUUUGUGGAUUUUGCGUGCGAGUGCAGCUCGGUCAUCUGCUGCCGUGUGACUCCCAAGCAGAAGGCCAUGGUGGUAGACCUGGUGAAGAGGUACAAGAAGGCCAUCACUUUGGCUAUUGGGGAUGGGGCCAACGACGUCAACAUGAUCAAAACUGCUCAUAUCGGGGUCGGAAUCAGCGGACAAGAAGGGAUGCAAGCGGUCAUGUCCAGUGACUACUCUUUCGGCCAGUUCAGAUACCUACAGCGAUUGUUACUGGUUCAUGGCCGAUGGUCGUACAUCCGGAUGUGCAAGUUCCUACGAUAUUUUUUCUACAAGAACUUUGCAUUUACUCUGGUUCACUUUUGGUAUUCCUUCUUCAACGGCUUUUCUGCACAGACAGCCUAUGAAGACUGGUUUAUCACACUCUACAAUGUAUUAUAUUCCAGCCUUCCGGUCCUUCUCGUCGGUUUGCUUGAUCAGGAUGUGAGCGACAAACUGAGCCUGCGGUUCCCCUCCUUGUACUUGUCGGGACAGAAAGACUUGCUCUUCAACUACAAGAAGUUCUGCAUAAGCCUCAUACACGGUGUCAUAACGUCCCUCAUUAUUUUCUUCAUCCCCUACGGCGCUUACCUACAAACCAUGGGGCAAGACGGAGAAGCCCCCUCGGAUUACCAGUCCUUUGCCGUUACAACAGCCUCUUCUCUCAUCUUCGCAGUCAAUUUUCAGAUGGGACUGGAUACCUCUUACUGGACGUUCGUUAACGCUUUCUCCAUAUUUGGGAGCAUUGCACUUUACUUUGGGAUUAUGUUCGACCUGCACAGUGCCGGCAUCCAUGUCCUCUUUCCAUCUGCCUUCCCGUUUACGGAAACAGAAAUAAAUGCUAUGUUAAAACCAUACUCCUGGUCAAAACUGUCACUGUCAUUAAGCACUUGUACUUUGCCACCAGUUGUUAUUGAUUAUUUAUUGCACUCAGCCCCAACGUCCAUGACAAUCUGGCCUUCAGAAAGUGAUAAGAUACAGAAGAAUCGCAAGAAGUACAAGGCGGAAGAAGAACAGUGGAAGAGGCGGCCAAGCGUCUUCCAAUAGAGAAUCUCAGAACCGGCAAUAUGCUUCUGGCUUCUGCGCUGCCAGCGACUGCUCUUGACCUGAUGGCUAUCUGAAUAGAGAACAAUUAACUAAAAGGCAAGCGUCGUUAAGUGCGGUGCUUAGUAACAAUUUGGCAGAAAUCAGACACGCUGAAGAAGCCAGUUGAUGGGUCUCUAAAAAAGACAUUACACAAAGUUUUUAUUUUUUUAUGAAAGACUCAGGAUCCUUCUCCUUUUUUAAAAAAAUUAUGUACAGUUCUAAAGACCAUACUCUGUAUAGUUUUUACAAACUGCUUGGCUGGGAAUCACUGACAAACUGAAGAACCAAGUAGUUCUUUCGUUAAGAUGUUCAUCCUUUUAUAAAUACUUGUUUCAAGUGAAGUUGGAAGAUAUAAAUGAUCAAGAGGCUCCAGAACUUAUGUUUUUAAAGGACUGGGUCUUUUUUUUUUUUUAAAGCAACAGUUCCUUAGAACUUUAACUCUUCUUUUAUGAUGAUGAUGAUGAUGAAAUAAAUGUUCAGCCGGCUGUUUUUCUGGGUCAACACCACAGAUGAGUAGCUGAGAAGCAGAACAAAUGUGUGUGCCACUUAGUCCCAGCAAUUUAUUCUGCAGUAAAAACGAUUUCAAAGAACCAAAGAUUUUUUUUUCUGUGAAGUUACCUGUGCAGUUUUACAUUGCAAGCAACAGGGGCAUAAUGUACAGGCGGCCCAAUUCACAGAUGGAGGCGGCCAGGGAUGGUGCCCCUGCCGUCCUACCACUUCCAGAGGACUUUCUGGCAGUGCAGGGACAAAAAACCCAAACCCAUCACCAAAAAGCCCUCCAUAGGACUAAAUGGACUUGUGCCACCUGAAAGGGUUGGAAUUGGAGUCAUGUGCUGCAUUUGACUUGCCUUUGAAACUGGAGUAGAAGCCGACUAACAGCAACUUCGCCCCUGGGAAUGCUGUCCUCCACAAUAAUAUAACCACAAUGCAACAAUUCUGUCCCCCACCCCACCCCUGGGCCAGCAUCCAAUUAGAAGAAGAAGAAGAAGAGUUUGGAUUUAUAUCCCCCCUUUC